AUGAGAAUUAGAGAAAGACUGCCGGCUGAUACAUUUAAACCAAAUUAUAAUUCAAAAACAAUCAGCUUCACUAAUUCUCAGUGGUUACAGCAAUUACUGUCAAUAGCGGUACGUUUAAACAACGCCACAACUAGUCAUGAAUAUUCAUCAUUAUCCACACCAAACGGUACUACCACUAAUAGUAUAGAAAAUAAUAAUAAUGAUAAUAAUACCAAAAUUAAUUUGAAUGCAUCCGCCACGACAACAACGACUUCAAGUCUUGGAACAACUGGUUGUAUAAUCUUACAGUUGUAUGAUAAGAAUCCUGAUUUUCUUUACAAUCAAGAAGAAUAUCAGGAUAUUGACUAUUCUGUAUUAAAAAUGCAGAUUAUUAUAUGGACACAGAAAUACCUAAAACCGGAUGAUUUAUUCAUGGAUUGGUUUGAAACAGUCAAUCGACACAUCCAUCAUAAUAGUAAUACGUAUCAUCAAAGUAAUUAUGACAAUAAUAAUAAUAACAAUAUAAAUAAUGAGCAUAAUGAACUAUCUGUUACAAAUAUUACAUUCUGUACAGAGAAUUUAAGAAGUUUAAUGAUUGAAGGUGAUAAGCAAAUGUUAGAAAAGUAUAAUGGAUAUACUUUAAAUGGGGAUAUAUAUGGAAUGAAAAAUGAGACAAAAAUAGAAAACUAUGGUGUUAGUGAAGUACAAAUUCUGAUUGUGAUUACACUUUCCUGUGUACUGAUUGUUUGCUUCUUCAUGGCCGUUAUUUUACGUAUUCGAAGUUUCUGUAGACGUCAGUCAGAAUCAAGAAAACAAACACGUAAUGAUCGUGAUUCUGCAUUACAAGUGAAUUUUGCUUAUGAUGUGAAUGAAACACAGAUAGCUGAGAAAUCACCGAUACCAAGUACAACAUUUGGCAGUAAUGCAUAUCCACGACCAAUGAACAGAAAGGCUGGUGUAUGCAGAUAUAAUCGUAUACCGCCAGUAUAUAGUAAUUCAAAUCAAAAGUUUUGUAAAAAAUUAAACAGUCAUAUGUAUAGAACACCAACUGUAUUCAUGAUUGAAAAUCAAGCUGGUGACAGGCAUAAUAAUAAGCUUCAUGAAGAUUAUUCAACGUUGAAUCAACUGAAAGAGAUUAAACGUCGACAUCUCCUCUAUUCACGACAACCUGAAAAUGUGAUCUAUCAACUCCCACCAAUAGUAUCAACGUGUAGAAACUCAAAUAAAUUACUGAAAACUAUUAAUAAUAACAACAGUAACAACAACAAUCAUUGUGAAAAAAGUAAAAAUAUCCAUUCAAACAAGUCAAUUCAUAGAACAAAUAGUUUUUAAAUAUGAAUGUUUCUUACUAUAUUACUUGUGUGUGUGUGUGUGGAAUGGACUAAUUUUUGUAAACUUUGUGUGUACUAAAUAAACUUUUUUGCAGUACAGCAUCACAUUUCAAAGAACCAGGGAACUUAUCAGUCUUUUAGUGGACUAGUUAUCCUUCACACGAUAUGCAUUUAGUACACAUAUAUUCCUAUAAUACACACAUGUAUCUAGAGCUCUAUUAGUUUGGUUAAUCUACAAAAAUAAUUUUUCAAAUGUAUCACUUUCCGACGUAUAUAUAUACAUUACAACCGAAUUUUAAAAAUUCAUUUACUAUGUAUGCUGUAUGAAAACCAUUCUCUAUGUAUUUAUCUAACAGAACUUAUAAUAAAUAGAGUUUAUUCAAAAGACAG